UUGCACACGCUUUCUGUCAACGACGACAGAAUUCAGUUUAAAUCUCAAUUGUUGACAUUAUCGCCCUUUGUCGGUUCUACGCGUUCAGUAACCCCGGCCGUGGGGCCUUCUCACACAACUAAACAACUCCGUCGGUCACCAAACUUCACAUCCGCCUUCCCUCCUCAACCUCCCUCCAUCCCCACACACAAUGGCCGAGGCAACACUUCACAACGCCCCCAUCGUCAUCGACAAUGGCAGCGGCACCAUCCGCGCCGGCUUCGCAGGCGAAGAAGUCCCCUCCUGCUACUUCCCAUCCUUCGUCGGUCGCCCAAAACACCCCCGGGUCAUGGCCGGCGGUCUGGAAGGCGACGUGUUUAUCGGAGACCGCGCGCAAGAACUUCGCGGCCUGCUGAAGAUCAGAUACCCCCUCGAGCACGGAAUCGUCACGGACUGGGACGACAUGGAAAAGAUCUGGCACUACGUCUACGAGAAUGAACUCAAGACCCUCCCCGAAGAACACCCCGUGCUGCUCACGGAGCCGCCGCUGAACCCGCGCAAGAACCGUGACGCUGCGGCACAGAUUAUGUUCGAGACGUUUAAUGUGCCUGCGCUGUAUACGUCUAUUCAGGCGGUGUUGUCGCUGUACGCGUCUGGACGGACGACUGGUGUGGUGCUGGAUUCGGGGGAUGGGGUGUCUCAUGCGGUGCCGGUGUUUGAGGGAUUCGCAAUACCGAAUAGUAUACGGCGGAUUGAUGUUGCUGGGCGGGAUGUUACGGAGCAGUUGCAGUUACUGCUGAGGAAGAAUGGACACGUUCUUCAUACCAGUGCUGAGAAAGAGGUGGUGCGGAUGAUCAAGGAGAAAGUGUGCUAUGUUUCGCUGGAUCCGAAGCGGGAGGAGAAGGACUGGAUGAAUAGUUAUCACAAGUCGGAGGCCAAGUCGGUGGAUUAUGCUUUGCCUGAUGGUUACAAGAUUAAGGUCGGACAAGAACGCUACCGUGCCCCUGAAAUCCUCUUCGACCCCGAACUCAUCGGCCUCGAAUACCCCGGUGUCCACCAGAUUGUCCAAGACGCCAUUACCCGGACAGAUCUCGACCUGCGGAAAUCGCUAUACCUCAACAUCGUUCUCUCUGGCGGUUCAACACUCUGCAAGAACUUCCCUGACCGGCUGAUGCGCGAGAUCAAGAGAUUGGCCGUGGAGGACAUGAAGAUCCGGAUUUCUGCGCCUGCAGAACGGAAGUACACUACAUGGAUUGGUGGUGGUAUUCUUGCCGGAUUGAGUACUUUCAGAAAGAUGUGGGUUAGCGCAGACGAAUGGCACGAAGACCCUGAGAUCAUCCACCGGAAAUUCGUCUAAGAACGCUUUACGUCUGGUGUCAGAAGAAGGAAAACCACCAAAAAAGUAAAAAAAGACACGAGUGAUGGAUCAACGUCUCCCUAUUUGCUCUCUUCACCUUCCAUCCACAUUACCAUCCACAACACUGGCGCUGAACUCUGACCAGCGAGAUGUCGAGCAAUCCAUGACACCGCUAACCGGGGUCUUUUUUCUGGAAUAUGAGCAGCGGCUUUUGAUACCCAUGAGAGUUAAUUCCUUCAAUUUAUGCGAGUUGAGUUUCUUGAAUCGGUGUAUUAUCCGAGCUUUCUUUGUUUUAUGUUUUAUGUCCUGGGUUCGAACGUGAUUGCCAACGCGAGGUCUUAUGUAUAGCAAUGACAUGGGCUAAACACUUGCAGUUUUCUACAUAAACUGUACUUAUCUACUGGCAAUAUUUGGCUUUGGCUGACACGAGUGUACAUACGAAUAGACAGUUAUAUUGGGAUCCAGCUUAGUAUUUCAACUGAUCCUGACCG